GAUGGAUAAACUGACCAUCAUCUCAGGAUGUCUCUUUCUGGCCGCCGAUAUCUUCGCCAUCGCCAGCAUCGCCAACCCCGACUGGAUCAACACCGGGGAGUCGGCCGGAGCACUCACUGUGGGGCUAGUGCGACAGUGUCAAACAAUCCAUGGACGAGACCGGACGUGCAUCCCUCCUCGGCUGCCCCCAGAGUGGGUCACCACACUGUUUUUUAUCAUCAUGGGAAUCAUUUCAUUGACUGUCACAUGUGGUUUGCUGGUGGCUUCCCACUGGCGAAGAGAAGCUACAAAAUAUGCUCGRUGGAUAGCAUUCACUGGAAUGAUCCUUUUCUGUAUGGCUGCCCUAAUAUUUCCAAUAGGAUUUUACAUCAAUGAAGUCGGAGGUCAACCUUAUAAAUUACCCAACAACACAGUAGUUGGGUCAUCAUAUGUACUUUUUGUCUUAUCAAUUUUCUUUACAAUAGUAGGACUUCUAUUUGCUGGCAAAGUUUGUUUACCAGGCUGAUGAAUGUCUAAACUGCUUGACUCUAUUAUUUUUUAUUUUAUUUUAUUUUUUAUUUUUAUUUUUAGAGGGUGGGAGGACAAAGACAAGGCAUCUGAGCAGUCCUCUCAUAGGAAAAUGCUUAGGUGAAACUGAUGCUGAAAAGGAAAAAAUGCUUUGAUUUGUUCUCACUAUGCACUUUGGAUUAAAAAAAAAAAAUUGAGAGCCUUUCCAUAACCAAAUACAGACAAUAAUGACUAAAUCUCCUGAGCAUAUUCAGGCAGUCAGUCUGCACUGUGAUAGCAACCUAGUGAAGGAGAAUGCUUUACACUGAAAAGCAUGUGGCCCUUUGUGACUCUGUUGUUCCGUUUUUAACGUCUAAUGAUUCAUUUGAG